AUGCCGUUCAAUAUCUGGUGCCUUGGCUGCAACAACCACAUUGGCAUGGGUGUACGCUAUAACGCCGAGAAAAAGAAAGUUGGCAUGUACUACACAACGCCACUCUAUGAGUUUCGCAUGAAAUGCCAUCUCUGCGACAACUACUUCGUCAUUCGAACCGAUCCUGAGCAUUUUGAUUACGAACUUGUGGAGGGUUGUCGUCGGCAAGAGAAACGCUAUGAUCCAUCAACGAUUGAUCAUUUUGCACCAAUCGACCGAGGAUUCAACAGACAGCUGGAAGGCGAUCGAAUGUUUCAGGUUGAACAUGUGGAAGAGGACAAAGAGAAAGCGACAAGUUCGGCAGAUCAGGUGGACAAAAUUUUUACUUCAUUCGGAUCUGGCAAGUGCAAAAAUGCUUUAGUUCCGGAAGAGCACCUCGAGGAAAAACGAAACGCUGUAUUGAAAAAACCAAUAUUUUCAACUGCUUCACCAUCGACCUCGUCCGCGGCCGAGAAUUCUCCGAAAGAAUUACUCGCCGCGAAACUUAACAGUAAUAAAAGUAACAGAGCCUUCGACAGUGCUUCGAAGUCAAACGAGAACAGAAGAGCAAAAGUUGCUGGAACGCUUGGUGUUGUGGUCACCAAGAGGGUGAAAAAGCAGAACGAGGACGACUUCCAUGACAAAUGCGAUGUGAAGACGGAAGAUUUGGUUGAUGUUAAGCCCAUCAGCGGGGAACUUUGCUGUUCUGACGAUCGGAAGCCAACUUGUGCUGAAGAAUUAUCAAAAGAUUGCGUAAUCGGAGCGAAGUCACAAAGAAUAGGCAGUGCGCGUCUGUCUUUGGUGGCAGACUAUGGUGGUGAUAGUUCAUCUGAUACAUCUGUUUAG